AUGUCGAAUUAUUCGAAGAUAUGGAGAAAUGCCGGCAGCAUCUGUACGACAUUUUUAAUUUGUUCACGGCAGCAAAAAGAAUUUGUUUCCCUUGUUCAUCAGUUACCUCACAUUUCAAAAAUAUACAUUCACGAUCCGAACGAGCAGAAUGAUCACACUUGGAUAUUAGAAUAUCCGAAGAGUGAAGUCAAAGGCCAUCCAACUGUCUCAUCAUGGCCAAAAUUUAUUAAUUUUCUUCUUCAAGUUCCCUAUCCGAAAACGAUCUGUCGCCUGCGAUUGGUUACCAAACUUAAAGCCUAUUACCGUAAAAGUUCGGCAAACGUGAAUACGUUAAAUGAGUUUCAAGAUACGUAUACAUCUGAUCAAGCUAUACAGUGGUACACGCGCAAUUCAUUUCUUUAUCGACUUCUUAAUCAAUCACUGCGUCAAAAAAAUGCCGGUCUAGCAUUUCUAUUCGGAUUCUACAUUCAAGAUCUUUAUCGAGAACUCGAAAAGAAACAUGAAAAAUUCAUUCGCGAAGAACCGAGGAUAUCGACAUUUUAUCGUGGACAAAUUAUGAACAGACAUGAAGUGGAACAAUUUCGAGAAACAUUAUUUCCCUACAUAUCGAUCAAUAGUUUUUUUUCAACAGCACGAGAUCGAACACCAGCAACAUUCUUCCUAGGUCCAUCACAGCCUGAAGAUAAACUUCAAAGUGUUCUGUUUGAAAUUGAAGUCGAUACCCAAAUGAAAUCUCGUCCAUACGGUGAUCUUUCAUCUGAAACAUACAUGAAGGAUGAAUCCGAGAUUUUGUUCAUGCCUGGUACACAGUUUAAAAUUCAAUCAGCCCAAUACGAUGCGACUGAACAAUUCUGGAUAAUUAAAUUAAAGCUAAUUCGCGAUCAUGCUGUUUUCAAAUGCUUCCAAAGUACAUCAGAAAGGCGAACACUGAAAAACUGCAUUACCGGUUCAUUGCAUACGCUUUGCACUGAAAGUACAAAAUAUAUUUUCGAUGAACUGAUGUAUUUAUAUCCAACAGAAAAAUGGAUUUUAGGUGUAAAAAAAGGUGUGUAUUGGAUGGAUGGUAGUUGUAUGUAUCUGGCAAAUUACGAAGCAGCACUAAAAAUCUGGAUGGAGUUUGCGCACGAUAGGGAAUUAAACUCUUUGUCUGAUAUGGCACGACUUCAUAAAAAUAUUGGAGGAAGACUAAAGGAAGGCUCGCAAUUGGCAGUAGAACAUGUUAAAUGUGCUUAUCUAUUUAUUGAUAUUAACGAGACUCUCUACUGCUCGAGUGAUAAUAGAAAUAUAGUUAUUAAAAUAUCACUUAACAGCACUGCAAACACUGCACCCUCAAUCGCAGCGGGAAAUGGAACAAAUGGAUCAAAUGCAUACAUGCUUUCCAGUCCCCUUGGAAUUUGCGUCGAUGCAAAUUUAAAUCUAUAUGUUGCUGAUUUCAACAACAAUAGAAUUCAACAAUUUCGACCAAAUGAAUUAAACGCUACUACCGUAGUUGGAACGUCCGGAACAAUGGUACUCAAUGGUCCGUCAGAUAUUCUACUGGAUGCAGCCGGAUAUUUAUUCAUUGUCGAUCACAAAAACAAUCGUAUUGUUGGAUCUAGUUUGAACGGUUUUCGAUGUAUAGUUGGAUGUUCGGGGGUGGUUGGAGCUGGGUCCGAGCAAUUGAACUAUCCGUAUAGCUUCAGUUUCGAUAGUUACGGUAACUUCUUCGUCGCCGAUACUUACAAUCAACGAAUUCAAAAGUUUACUUUAGCUACAAAUUCUUGCGGACUUUCUUACAACCGACCGAAGAUUUCCUCUUGUACAACAUGGAAUUCUAACGGUGUAACUAUCGGUGAUAACGACACAUUCGGUGCAUUACCUGAUAGCGUUUAUGUAGAUAUUAAUAAUACUCUCUACGUUGCUGCACCAAUUCUGAAUCGGAUUCUGGUAUGGCCUGAAGACAGCGUAAACGUUUCGAGAGAUAUCUCUGGCGGUUUAAAUGAGCCAUACAGUAUGUUUAUUUCCACUAUUGGCGAUGUGUAUGUUGACAACGGCAUGUACAACGGUCGAGUCGAUAAGUGGACACUAAAUGCAACGAGCAGCGUUGUCGCAAUGGACGUUAAUGGAAUUUGCUAUGGACUCUUUAUCGAUGUGAAUGAUCAUCUCUAUUGUUCUUUAGGUGCUUUUCAAAUGGUAAUAAAAAAAUCAUUAAAUGACAGUGUCAACUCAACCACCAUCGUUGCAGGAACAGGAACAGCUGGAACCACACCAUACACGCUUUUCGGACCUCGAGGAAUAUUUGUCGACCUUGAACUCAACCUAUAUGUAGCAGAUUGUUUCAAUAACAGAAUCCAGUUCUUUCUAAUGAACAAUUCAAGCGCCACUACAAUAGUUGGAAAUGGAUCUAAUGAAAUGAUUACACUUUUGUAUCCAAUAGCAAUCGUUUUUGACGCGGAUGGACAUCUAUUUAUUCUUGAUUAUGGUAGUAGUCGCGUCGUUGGCCCGGGAUUCAACGGUUAUCGAUGUAUAAUUGGAUGUAUGGGUUCGGGUUCGGCAUCAGACCAACUGUAUCAACCGACAAGUCUUAGUUUCGAUAGUUAUGGUAAUUUAUUUGUUGCUGAUACUUAUAACAAUCGAGUGCAAAAGUUUCUCUUAAUAACAAAUUCAUGCAAUGAAUCAACAACUUUGCAAAAUACAUUGGAGACCACUGCGAAUAUGCAACUAAUCUCGACCAAUGCUGUCAAAACGACUACUUCAUCUCUGACCACUCUUCAAAUAAACUCUAAUACAGUUUCUUAUCAAAGUGGUGGACAACAAUCAUCUGCUUUUCUUCCAUCGUGUCCAAAUUGUAAUAUAUCCAAUGUGACGUGUGAUAUCCUUCGACCAUGUCAAAAUAAUGCUACAUGUUCUUCUGACAACACUACACUUCUUGGCUACAGUUGCAAAUGUUUGCCUGGCUUUAACGGUACCCAAUGUCAAUAUAACUAUCGUCCAUGUCAAUCGAGUACUUGUCUCAAUAAUGGAAUAUGUAAUGAAACAUCCAACACAACAUUUACGUGUUCAUGUUCGUCUGGUUGGCAGAAUAGUCAUUGCGAAACAAAAAUCAACUAUUGUAAAGCGACAACGUGUUUAAAUCGAGGCGUUUGCCAACCACUGUUACUUAAUUACACCUGUCAAUGUUUUUCCGGAAGUUAUUCUGGUCAGCAUUGUGAAAUAACAUCGAGUAGAACUGUGGCUUUUCAGACGCUUUCUAAAUCAUUUGCUUAUAUUGUAAUUGUUGCAAUAAUAAGUACUGCAAUGUUUAUUAUUGUCAUGGAUGUGCUGAAGUAUGGUUUCAAUAUUGAUCCAGCAGGUAAAGAUCUUCUCAAGAGAAAACAAGCGAAGAAAGGAAGCAGAUCUAGGCGACCAGGCAUUACGCGAUAUAUUUAUGUCAAUGCACUACCAUUUUGA